AUGGAACAAUGGUACGCAUCGGGUUUCUUCUUCAAUGCGCUCUGGGCCGCAGAUUAUUUCCAUGACUCGCUUCUGGUGUUCUCGACUGGAAGAUCGCCGACUGAUGAGGCGGGAGAGGACGCUGCUCACGCCGGAGGUCACGAUGUCGAGAUUGUACGGCGAUGCCAUGGGCGAGAACCAAACAAGGGGUGGGAUAGGGCUGAACAAACAGCACAGCGACCUCACAAAGUCAGCUUCAAGCUGAAGAAGGCGGAGGAUCCUCGGGUUGUGGAGACACUGUUGAAGAGAUUGAUCGAGUGUGAGGUCGGGAAUGCGGUUGAAGAUCUUACGCAGUGGUACCUUGAUAAUGCCAAAGACAAUCCCAAGAUCUUUCGUGGCACUGAAAGAUGCGCUUCGGGAAUCUUACAAGCUAUCCGAGAGUUCAAGUUUGAUCCUUGUGUUUCGCCCAGGGAUGCCGACUUACUGAGCCAGCUCACUGCUGGUUGA